CUUUCCUCAUCCUCUCAGCUGCUCCUGUUCAGCUUUCCCUCAGUGGAUACACGGUAAAAAUCAGUUUGCUUGGAAUCUUUUCGUUUCUGAAUUGCGUGGAUUACACUGAGGUACUUUAUGGGAAAGUGAUGCACAGUUGAGUUGAGUAUUCCUGUCCUGUGGGAGAGUUUGUCCAGUGGUUUCAUGUGGGGACACGAUGGCGAAGUCGUUUUCAGCUCUUUCUCUCAUCGGCAUUAUUUUUGGAGUCAGCUGGGUGACAGCUAGGGAGCACAGGUUUGUACCUGACCCUCCAGUGCUGAACAUCACAGAUAAGACAUACAAAAUCAACACAUCUGAUACGUUGGAGAUUACCUGUAGAGGACGUCAGAUUUUGGAAUGGUACACUCCUUACAACCGGACCGGCUCUGAAAGCAGGAUUGUAACAUCAGACUGUAGUGGACAUGGACUGUUCUGUAGCACCAUCACACUCACUGGGGCAAUGGGAAAUGAGACUGGAGAGUAUCGCUGUUCUUACAGAAACCUGUCUGUGGAGGAAGGGAAGACCUCUGUGUCAGUGUACGUCUUUGUGCAAGACUACCGCAUGCCUUUUCUCCGGUUAACUCAAGACUUUGAGGUGGUAUUUAUUCGAGAAGGAGAGCAAGUGGUCAUUCCCUGCCUGGGCUCCUUGGAGGACCUCAACGUCACUCUGUUCACGAAAUAUCCAGUGAAGGAACUAGUAACUGAUGGAAAGGACGUGUUUUGGGACAGCAAAAGAGGUUUUGUGCUCCCUAGUCAUGUGAUCAGCUACGCUGGUGUAGUCCACUGCCAAACUCGCAUCCAGAAUGAAACCUUCCAGUCCUUGGCCUAUGUUCUGGCUGUUGUAGGAUACAAAAUCUAUGACCUCAGAGUGAGUCCUGUUCAAGAGAAGCGAGCGGUUGGGGAGAAGGUGGUGCUCAACUGCACUGCAAUCACAGAACUUAAUGUAGCCCUUGAAUUCCAGUGGAGCCUCCCUCAGGACAAGAGAAAUCCAUACCAUUCCCCACGAAGGCAUUAUGAGACUAAGCCCUCCAAGAAGAAGCUGUGGAACUCUCUGGAACUGUCGAACAUGCUGAUUUUGGAGAAUGUUACAAUCAAUGACACAGGGGAAUAUGUGUGCACAGCGUCCAGCAGUAAAAUGGUCAAAAGCAGCCGAGCAUCCCUUAUAGUUUAUGAGAAGCCUUUCCUAGUGCUCCAUGAUCAGUCAUUUCAAACUGUGGAUGUAAACAAAGGUCAACGAGAAGCAAAGAUCCCUGUUAAAUACCAUGCUUAUCCAGAACCUAAUGCAAAGUGGUUAAAGAAUGGCCAGUCCAUCACCAAUGAAGAGUACAGGAUGAAGCCAUCCAGAGAUUCUCUCACUAUAUAUGAAGUCACAGAAAAAGAUGCUGGGAAUUACACUGUGGUCAUGACCAAUAAAAUCACAAGAGAAGUGCACAGCCAGACAUUUCAGCUAUUAGUCAAUGCUCAUCCUAAGAUCUUUGAGAAGGAGGUACCCUUUGAUCGAAAUGUUCACAUGUUUGGCAGCAGCCCUACUCUCACCUGCACUGCUUUUGGUGGCUCCAGUCCUGUCUCUAUCCAUUGGCAGUGGAUGCCCAGUGAAGACUGUCCAGCUAAAUUUCAGCCCAGGUCAGAUCAGAGUGCAGAGUGUGAAGGGAAAUGGAGGGAGAUUUCUAACAACACAGGGAAAAACCACUUUGGGCAGCCCACCAGCUUCAUCGACAGCUCACUUAAGACCAUCAGCACGCUGAAGAUCCAGAAAGCUGUGGCCCAUGCGCUGUUUAGAUGCAUUGCCUCCAACAAAGUAGGAGUGGAGGACAGAGUCAUUAUAUUUCAAGUGGCACGUUUCCUCAACCUGAGUGUAUUCCCCUCCAGCAUGCCCAUAGAGGAGGAGGACGUGCUGCUGCGCUGCGUAGUCGACCGCAUGCUGUACUCCAGCCUGAGCUGGUAUCGGGUACUGAAUGUGUCCAACCCGGCCGAGAUCCCUACCACCGUGCCCUGUGCCAGCCUCAGCCUAGCGCCCCUCACCAAGCCCAACGCCACUAUCGCAGGCCUGCAGGGUUCCAACGUAACCCUGGACCUGUCCUUACCCAGGGUGAGCCGGCAGGAUGAGGGUUUGUACACCUGCCGCAUGGAGAACGCUGACAGCAGUGAGAGAACAUGCUUGCUACACAACCUGCGUCUCCGGGCUCUGGAGGCACCCUGGAUUGUGACCAACUUGAGUGAUCAGAGGGUGAACGUGAGCGAUUCCACCAUGCUGGUGUGUGAGGCAAGGGGCACGCCGACCCCCAUCAUCACCUGGACCAAAGACAACCAGACUGUCAUUAAGGGAUCUGGUGUUAUUCUGGCUCAAUCAAAUCGCAUCCUGACCAUCCAGAGAGUAAAGAAAGAGGACAGUGGUCUAUACACAUGCACAGCCUGCAACAAACAGGGCUGUGACUCCAUCCAGGCCCAGCUUAUAGUGGAGGGUGCAGAGGAGAAGAUGAAUGUGGAGCUGAUUGUGCCGAUUGGUGCUGUGGUUAUUGCCAUGUUCUUCUGGCUUCUCAUUGUCUUUGUCAUACGCAACAGAAAACGGCCCACUGAUGGAGAUAUGAAGACAGGCUACUUGUCAAUUAUCUUAGAUGCAGAAGACAUGCCAAUGGACGAGCACUGUGAGAGACUCACCUAUGAUGCCAGCAAGUGGGAAUUUCCCCGUGAGCGUCUCAAACUAGGGGAACCGCUGGGUCGAGGGGCAUUUGGUCAGGUUCUGGAGGCAGCAGCGUUCGGCAUUGAAAAAGCCACCACCUGCACUACAGUAGCAGUGAAGAUGCUAAAGGAGGGUGCUACCUCCAGUGAGUACCGUGCCUUGAUGUCCGAGCUGAAGAUUCUUAUCCAUAUUGGCCACCAUCUCAAUGUGGUCAAUUUGCUAGGUGCCUGCACCAAACCAGGAGGUCCAUUGAUGGUAAUAGUGGAAUACUGUAAGCAUGGUAACCUCUCCAGUUAUCUGAAGAGCAAGCGUGGAGAAUAUAGCCCCUUCAAGAAGCAUAGGCCUCGGCUGAUGCAGGACAGGGCUGGUGGAAUGGAGGAGGACCCGAAAGAAGGAGAUCUGGGUACGGGCACUACUGCUCGAUUGGACAUCUGCACUGGCACUGCCAUCUGCUCUGGACUGAGAAAUGAGUGGACUGCCAAUCCUCAGCAGGAUAAGCAAGAAAGUUCAGACUGGGAUCAAUUAACUAUGGAGGAUCUCAUCAGCUAUAGCUUUCAAGUGGCCAAGGGAAUGGAGUUCCUCUCCUCUCGAAAGUGCAUUCACCGGGAUUUGGCAGCUAGGAACAUUCUUCUUUCUGAGAAUAACAUUGUGAAGAUCUGUGACUUCGGCCUGGCCAGAGAUGUGUAUAAAGACCCAGACUAUGUCCGCAAAGGAGAUGCACGUCUCCCUCUGAAGUGGAUGGCUCCAGAAACAAUCUUCGACCGUGUGUAUACAACACAGAGUGAUGUGUGGUCCUUUGGAGUACUACUCUGGGAGAUCUUCUCCUUGGGUGCGUCUCCAUAUCCGGGAGUAAAUAUUGACGAGUCGUUCUGCAGGAGGCUAAAAGAUGGUACCAGGAUGAGACCACCUGACUAUGCCACCCCUGAGAUCUAUCAGACCAUGUUAGACUGCUGGAUGGAUCAUCCACAGGACAGACCCACUUUCACAGAACUAGUGGAGCAUCUGGGCAACUUGCUACAGGCCAGCGCUCAACAGGAUGGUAAAGACUAUAUUCCACUGACAAUGGGGGAUGUGGAUGGGGGAUCAGGAAUCCCCCAGCUCAGAAUGACAUCAUAUAACAAAGGACCAAGUGCAAAAAGCAUGGAGACCCAGCUUAACUACGAUAAUGCUCCAUCAGUGGGAUAUGCUCAGCAUAAAUUUGAAGACAUUCCACUGGAACAGAGUGCCAUAAUGAAUGGUCACAUGGACUGUGAUGUUGGAUUAUCACCUGAUGAGAUGAAAGCGCUAAAUCAUCAAGCUCAGAGGAUGGCCACAUUCAGCCCCCUGCUACGAUGUAAGAGUAAGGAAUCUGUGGCAUCUGAAUCAUCCAAUCAGACCAGUGGCUACCAGUCGGGCUACCACUCGGAUGACACAGAGGCGCCUGUGUAUGCCAAUGAAGAGAUGAUCCUGAAGAGGGACAUUUUGAAGAAGCCACCAUUCCCCAAGAGGGAUGACAAGUUUAGCACUGAGGUCCGCUAUAGUACUCCCCCUGUUUAAUAGGAACCACCCAUAAACCCACAACUAUAUGACUAUACAAAGUGUUGGUCUUUCUUAACUUUCGGCCUGGAAUAGCAGACUCACCCGUUUUCACCGAAAGCAAUAAAAAACAGACAAGGUUCUGCUUAUGAUAGGUUGGUGCUUAGCCAGAGAUUCUAGUCCAUGCUACAAAGCAGUUAUUUGAUUUAAGCACAGCUCUCCUCACAUUCUCUUGAUCAGUGGCAUUAUAGUUUUCUCUAUAGUUUUUAUUUAAUAUGAUUUAGUCAGGUACAUUUAUUAAAGUCAGUAAAUCUCCUUAACACUAAAGUGCUGCAUGCACAUGCCUGUAACUGUAUGUUGAGAUUUGAAAUUAUAAUCACUGAGUAUAACACACAUAACAUAUAGCAUUCAACUGACCACUGUGCCUUAGCUGAAACCUACAAUUCAUUUCUAUUUAUCUUGCAAUUUAUGCAUGUGAAACACUCAUGCAGAGUUCUAAUUUAUCACACAAAUGACCAUGUCUAUUUUAUUUCCUCCCUUCAAUAAAAAAAAAAAAAAAUGUAAUAUAUUUUGUGGGUGCAGAUAAGCUGUAUGUGUCUGCUUUGCUGUAAAUGCAUUCAUUUUAAUUGAUUUAAAGGUCACACUUUUUGGAGAAAGCUUUGGAAAUGUAAUCAUUGUUUACACAGACUGCAGAGCAAGAGUAGCUGCUCACUGAGACCACUCCCACUUCCUGUAAAAAGAUACACCCACUUUCUGGUCACUUUCUGAGUGACCUAAUGUUUUUUUUUGUCUGUAUUUAUGUUUUGUAUUGUUUUCCUCUGACAUUUGGCCAGCAUCUUAUCAAAUCACGAGCAACAAUGUCUCUCGAAUGUUCUUUUCCUUGCCUCUUGUCCUUCUUUACAUUAUGCUUUUCAUUUUUCAAGGUUUGCUUCCUGAAUGUACAGGUUAUUAAGGGAGGACCUUAAUGUAGGUUACGUAAGAAUGAUGUAUUUUAUUAAACUUGUCCUAAACAUAACUAGUUUUCUAAAAUAAACUUUUAUCGAAAAUAUUUCUACUAAAUGUAGUUGUCAGAAUUUGUUAUCUUCAGUUACAUCUCCUUUGGAAAAUUUUAAAGGCAGAGUAUAAAGGACCGUGUGUGUGUGUGUGUGUGUGUGUGUGUAUGUGUGUGUGUGUGUGCGUGUGUGUGUGCACGCCAGUGUUUGGGUGUGUGAAUCAGGUUAUGAGACUCCUCUCUUCCUGUAUCUGUUUUGCAAUGACCUUGAAGAGACAAUGCGCUCAAAGUUAUUUUCUAAUGUACUGUAUGUGUGUGUGUGUUUAUGUGUGUGUGCGUGUGUGCAUGCGUGUGUGUGUGUCUGUCUGUCUAAAUCAAUAAAAAAAUAUUAACUAUA